UUCGGUAGGUGUGUACUAUUAUCGGAGAGUAUUGCGUCGUGCAGAAAAAAAGUUUUUAUUUUACUACAAAUAGUGAAUAUCUAGAAAUAAAAUAUUUACAUAUACGUCGUACUACUGUACACAAAAACAUACGUACAUAUUUUGUUAUAAAAAUAUAUAAAAUGAAUGAAGCAAACAUGUAAUUUAUCUUAUUGUGAAUUUUACUUAGAUUAAUGUUAAAGAAAAUCCGAAUGGUGGCGCUGUGCAUGUACAGUUUUAUGUUUUAUUAAAAAUAAAAAUAUCUAAUCUAUAUACAUAUGUACGUAAUGUAUGUGUAAGUUAUACAUUUUUUUACGAAAAUGACCGACUAAAUUUUAUGGACGUAUACGUAGGUACUCAGGUACAUAUGGUUUCAUAAAUUAAACAGUGUUAUUAAUUAAUGUUAAAAAUGUUCAAUAUCUACAUAAAAAAUUUGCAUACGAAAUAAUAGAAAUUCAAAAAACAGUGCACAUGCACUUAUAAGAAAAUAAAAUAUACGUAAACAUAUAUACAAAUUCACAAACCUUUAUUAAAAAAUGCACAGGUGUGUAACUAGGUAUAUGCAUACGUAAAUACAUUUAACUGUAAGCUAUAUUUUGGGUUUGAUUAAGUUAAAAAAUUAUAAAAGUAAGUUAAAAAUUAAAAGUAAAAAUUCAAGAAUCUGGUGGGACCUACUAAACUGACAUUUUAAAUUUUUUUGUGAAAUAAAAUCAAGCGAGAAAAAUUAAAUAGCAAUAUUAAAAACAAGAAAAGUAAAAAAUUAUCGCAACUUGAAAAAGAAAAGAAUUACUUUUACUAAGAUUUUAAUGUCUAAAAAAAAUAUUGUUAACUAAAAUAUAUCAUUUUUAGUUACUUAUCUUAAUUAAAAUAAAAAUUAAUUAUAUAUUUUUUAAAAAAAAAUUAUAAAAGUUGAAAAGUGUAAGAAAAUUUUAUAAAAAUUAAACGAAAUAAUAUUGCAAAAAUGGGCUUCUCUUCGGCUUUACAAAGUCGUGCAGCCCAUGAAGCAAUUAUUGGACGUCAAGAGGCUGAAUUGCGUUUAAUGGAAUUAAUGAAGCGUUCAAUACAAAUGAAAGCGAAGUGUGAUCGAGAAUAUGCAGUUAGCUUAGCUGGUGUUGCACAACAAGGAUUAAAAAUUGAUCGUGCUGAUGAAUUACAAGACAGCCAAAUUACAAAAUCUUGGCGAAAUUACAUGGAUGAAUUAGAUCAGCAAGCGAAACAGUUCAAAACAAAUGCUGAACAAUUAGAAGUUGUUUGUGAUAAAUUAUCUCAUUUAUCACAAGACAAACGUAAAGCACGUAAAACUUAUCAAGAAGAGCAUUCAAAAAUAGCCGCACGUCUUAACCACCUCACAGAUGAAGUUGUUCGAAAAAAGUCGGAAUAUCAAAAACAUUUAGAAGGGUAUAAAGCUUUAAGGACACGAUUUGAAGAGCACUAUAUUAAAUCUGGUCGAAGUGGUAGAAAAUUAGAUGAUGUGAGAGAUAAAUAUCAAAAAGCUUGUCGUAAACUACAUUUAACACACAAUGAGUACGUGCUUUCCAUAACGGAAGCUGUUGAGGUUGAAAAAGAUUUUAGGACAAUUCUACUACCGGGGCUCUUAGAGCAUCAACAAUCGGUGCAAGAAAGUUUUAUUUUGCUAUGGAAGAAUAUUCUACAAGAAGCAAGUCAACAUGGUGAUUUAAUUUCAAAUAAAUUCCAAGAUAUUCAAAGGAGGAUAGAUGCAGCCAUAAAUAGCAUAAAUCCAUGUGAAGAGUACCGAGAGUUUACAGAGAAACACAAAACUUCACCUGCUGCGCCAUUACUGUUUCAGUUUGAUGAAAGCCUUAUUGAAGAUAUUCCAGGAAAAUUACAAUCAAAUACGCUUACUGUUGAUAAUUUAACUGUUGAUUGGCUAAGAUCCCGUCUAAAUGAUCUAGAAAAUGCGGUUAAAGAAGCUCAAGAAAAACAAGAAAAACUAGUUGGCGACUCAAAUAGUUCUCCAAUUUUAGCUAAUGGAAUCAACGGUUCUGGAAAAGAAACUCAAAAACAAUCUAAAGACUUAAAUUCCUUAAAGUGCCAAGAAAAACAAAAACAAAAAUUAGCGGACAUGAUAAAAAGUGCAUUAAGCGAAGUUGGCUGUGAAGAAUUACCAUCUGGAUGUGACGAUCAUCUAGCGGAACAAAGUUUUGUUGAAAAUAAUAUUAUAAAUAAUGAUCAGCAACAACCGAAUAUACCACAUUCAAGUACAUCAACAACUUCGGUUUCUUCCAUGUUGCAUCGUCGUGGAGGAGAUGUUCUCUCAAUGCUAAGAGCUCCAUUUACAAGACGCCGAGUUGUUUCGGUAUCACCUAGAACGCCAAGAAGUGGGAAAAAGUCAAAGAAAAAACUAAAAAAUACACAACCACGAUCUCAAAGUUUAGGAUCAUUAGCGGUAAAUAAUUUGGAUGCUUUGGACGCUAACAAUGACGUUUCCUUAACAAGUACUAAUAUAAAGAAAUUUCCUAACCAAGUCAUUAAAAGAGGUACUUCCGCUAUUAAUUUACAUAACACAAGUAUAGCAGAAGAAGACCUUGAAAAUGAUGAUGAAACCCUAUGUGUAUGUAAUGUUGUUGCUUCUGUUGGAAAGACUAAUUCUGAGAGUGAUUUAACUAACAAAAAUAACAUUUAUGCAGAACUAGAACUAUCGGUUUCAAAUGAAUUACUACCAACAAAAUCACAAUCCGUUAAUGAUGGAAAUCGUUCUUCCAUUGUGGAAAAAAAAGACGACGAAAAUCUUAAUAAAAAAUGUUUUCAAAAGUUAAACCUAGAUAAUAUUGAAACUAAAUCGUCUAUUGAUGAUAGGUUAGAUAAAAUUGAUGAAAUCAAUCGAGUUCUAGAUAAAAAAAUGAAACAAAUUAUUGGUAUUAAUUCAAGUGAACCAACAGUGGAAUCUCGAAAGCCAAAUGAAAAUAAGCAUUCGCAGGAACCCAUUCCGAGCACAUCAAAAAAUAUUUCAGGAAGCUAUGUAACUUUCACAGAAACCUCAAAAAACUCUAAUGACGAUAAAAUAGAAACUAUUUCAAAUCCCGAAACGAAUACUGAUGAGAAACUUAAAAAUGAUUUACUGAAUUCAGUGUCCAAAGAAGACGAAAAUACUUUUAACAACCAUACUCAAAGUACUUUAAGUAACACCAAUACUGGGUCGAUUAAUGUAAAAAAGCGAUCGACAUCAUUUAGUCACAAAUCUUUGAACAAUUUCAUUACAAACAUAAAGGAAUUUAAAUUUGCAAUGAACUCGAAACUGCCGCCAAACCAAAUGAAAAAAACCGAUAGUGAAAAUGGUAAUGACAUUUCAGAAGAAAACUUCGACCUGAAUAAAAUGAAUGUUUUUCAAGAAAUAACUAGCGAAUCCAACGAUAAAAUAGAAAGUAAACAAAAAUUAAAGAGUUUAGAAAAAAAAAAUAACAAAAUUAAAAAGUCGAAAGCAAUAACUCAGACAUUUCGUUCUAAAGUCCUAAGCUUUCAAAUACGACGUGGAAGAGUUUGUGAACGUUGUUCGAAACGCCGCAAAAUUCAGCCGAUUAAUCGAGUUGUUGAUCUUUCAAAAGAAUUAAAUUUAACAAACGCUAAUAAUAAUUUAACAUUGAGCAUGGGAAGUGAUAACGAAAACGAGUUUUGUAGUUGUCCAACAAUCCCACUACCUACAACAAAUACAAUUGUUACAAACCCCAGCUAUGAUAUUUCAAAAAAUAUUACUAACAAUCUUACUAACAACACUAAUAGUAAAAAUGAUAAUAAAAAUUUUUUCGUACCGUGUGAGCUUUCUGGUAUUUCAAGUUCCACAGAAGAUAUCAUAACAGCAAAAGAUCACACUUAUUGUGAACCAUUUAGUACUGGUGAAAUGACAUAUUCUACAAAUCGUCCACUUUAUGAGGAAGAGUGGUUCCACGGUGUUUUACCUCGAGAAGAAGUUGUUAGAUUGUUAAAGAUCGAAGGAGAUUUUUUGGUACGAGAAACUAUUCGAAAUGAAGAAAGCCAAAUUGUAUUAAGUGUUUGUUGGAACGGUCACAAACAUUUUAUUGUUCAAACAACCGUUGAAGGACAUUAUCGUUUUGAAGGACCACCGUUCCCUAGUAUACAGGAAUUAAUUAUGCAUCAAUAUCAGAGUGAAUUACCGGUGACUGUAAAAUCAGGUGCAAUUUUAAGAAGACCUGUAUUACGAGAAAGGUGGGAGCUAAGCAAUGAUGAUGUUAUAUUACUUGAAAAAAUUGGAAGGGUAUAUAAAUUUAAUUUGUCUCAUACAUAUUCAUAUUGUAUAAGAAUAUAUGGAAACUUUGGUGAUGUUUACAAAGCUAAAUUGAAAUCAACUAAGCUAGACGUAGCCGUUAAAACCUGUCGUAUGACGUUACCAGAUGAGCAAAAGAGAAAAUUUUUGCAAGAAGGUCGCAUUUUAAAGCAAUAUGAUCAUCCAAACAUAGUGAAAUUAAUAGGAAUUUGUGUUCAAAAACAACCUAUCAUGAUUGUUAUGGAGCUAGUUCCGGGUGGUUCUUUAUUAAAUUUCCUCCGAAAAAAUUCUAAUACACUUACGAGUAAACAACUUGUAGGAAUGUGCAAAGAUGCAGCUGCUGGAAUGAGAUAUUUGGAAUCUAAAAAUUGUAUACAUCGUGAUCUUGCAGCUAGAAAUUGUCUAAUUGAUUAUGAAAAUUCUGUAAAAAUUUCCGAUUUUGGGAUGUCCAGGGAAGAAGAAGAAUACAUAGUUUCGGAUGGCAUGAAACAAAUUCCAGUUAAAUGGACCGCACCAGAGGCUUUAAAUUUCGGCAAAUACACUUCUUUAUGUGAUGUGUGGUCAUAUGGCGUUUUAAUGUGGGAAAUAUUUUCAAAAGGUGAUACACCAUACUCUGGAAUGAGCAACUCAAGAGCGCGGGAAAAAAUCGAUGCAGGCUAUAGAAUGCCAGCUCCAGAAAACACAUCACAGGAAAUAUAUCGUUUAAUGUUACGUUGCUGGGCAGCUCAACCGGAGUCUCGGCCGCAUUUUGAUGAAAUUUAUUCUGCUCUUGAUUUGCAGCUAACAAAUAAUAAUAUCGAAACAUAGUUGAACUAAGAUCAAUUUGAAGAACGAUUUGUGCAAUUUCUUGUAGAAAUUAUUUGAAAUAAGUACAGGAACAAAUAAUUUUCAAACCAUUUUAUACUAGAAAGAACAAAUCCAUUAAAGGACAUCCCUUUAAAUACAUUAAAAUAAAACAGUAUGGCUUUUUUUUGGAUUACAUAAAAGAC